ACAAACUCGACUGUAUUUUUUUCCUAGAGGGAGCGGCGGUAGUGUUGGGAAAACGUCAAGCUCGUCGGGUGGUGUGAUGGACAGACAAGCGCGCGAAGCUUGCGCGGUUCAUACCAAGCUCGCGGUCUGCGGGACACUGAGGGCCUGAGCGCGCGCCGUUGGAAAGACCGAGUGUGAAAGCUUGAAGAGUUGGAGAGUGUGGGGGGGUGCUGGCCAACCUAUGGGUGCACAGUGGUCCCAGAGAGCCAGGACCCUGCUGCCCCUCCCUGAGAGUGGGGGGAGGGGUAAGCAGGCGGGCGACCGGGAGGGCGAUGACGAGUCGCUGGAUGGCCUCGACAGACAGGAAGACAUCGCCCAGUUUCCAUAUGUGGAGUUCACAGGCCGAGACAGCAUCACCUGCCCCACGUGCCAGGGCACUGGCCGCAUUCCGUCGGGCCAGGUGAACGAGUUGGUGGCUCUGAUCCCUUACACUGACCGCAGACUACAGCCCCGGAGAACGAAGCUGUAUGUGGUCCUGUCUGUGGUGCUGUGUCUCCUGGCUUCUUCCUUGGUGGCCUUUUUCCUGUUCCCGCGAUCAGUGCUGGUGGUGGACAAUGGGAUACAGGCAGUGACAGUGCGCUUUGACCGCAACAACAGCAAAGUGCUCAUGAACAUGACGAGCACCUUGAACUUCAGCAACCCCAACUUCUUCACAGUGCUGGUGGACAGUGUGAACUGCCAGGUCCUUUACAUGAAGACUGUGAUUGGCACCAGGCAGCUGGACAAUGUCAUCCACAUUCAGCCCCUCAGUCAAAGAGAGAUGAACUUCACCGUCAACAUGGAAAUCGGCGGAAGCCUCUCUUACGUAUAUGCCUUCUGUACCAUGGCGAGCAUCAAGGUCCACAACAUCGUUGUCCUCAUGCAGACCACAGUGAAAACCUCCUACAUGGUCCGAACUGCUCAGAACUCCUUGGAGGCAUACCGCUACAUCGACUGUGGCUCCAACUCCACAGUUCACCGGCCCCCUGUGCCUUGGGUGUUGUGACAUUACCCAUAACCCCUGUGGCCAGCCUUAAACCAAAUGAAUUUCUGCAGAUGACAGAUGGGUAAUGUCAAACCAGCAGCAGAGGGCAGGUGUAACAGGUCUGGUCUGAAGUACCUCACCUUUCAUCUCACCUUUUCACAGGUGUGAGUUGGUCUCUCCUUCAGUGCUUGAAUUUCUUUUGUGAUGGAUAUGAAUGGAAUUACCUGCUAUACAUAGUUCUGCUGCUGUAUAUUUAUUUCUCCAGUGUGGGGUGUCCACUGCUCUUCCUGGGUGAAAGCCUUGUAGGACUUUCUCUGGCUUCUCACUUACACUGGAGUGCAUUUAAACUUUUAGUCCUAUUUUCCUGCUGAACUGUGGACUGCAGACUUAUUCUUUCAUGCAAGAGUUGACGAGACCAGCAACUUCAUACAAGCGGAGUGCAAAACGCAUCAGUCCGAAAAGGGAAUAUGUUUAACAUUUAAUAUGAAUACUGAAAUGGGCCAGUGUAACUCCACUGCUGCUAGCUUUUUUUAAAAUAUCCUGGUCAGGGUUGAAGCUUGUGGAAGUAGACUUUUUUUUUUUUUCCUUUUCCUCCCCCCCUUCCUCCCCUUGUUGUCCCACACAUGCACACUGGUUAUCUUAACAGCAAUAAGAUGUUUGAUUUUUCUAUUUAAUUUUGGCAAAGAAAUAAAGCUGUAUUAAGUUUCAUAUAAAUACUGAAAUUAUGAACGGAGUCAAGGUACAUUAUCAUGUUUGUAAAGAGGAAGUUAUUUGGUUUCUUUGCGGAAUAUUCUAGAUCAUAUUCUCAUGGCAUUCAUAUGAGCUACCUUCAGUUAUUCAUGUUAAAAUAUUACAUAUGCAAUAUUUGACAAACAUGAUUUAUAUGCUUGUAUUUACAUUUUUGGUUUCUGUUUAAAUUCAAAUACUUGGCAACUUGCAGAAAAACUUGAUGUAUGUUAAAAUGGGUUAAUUGGGAAAUAUUUUUUUAAAAAGUCUGUUAAAUAUUGUGCUUUCAAAUAAAGGGAUGGUCAACUUUG